UGUUAGUCUACGGAGCACGCAUAUACCUAUGGUGUAUUUAAAUGUAAAUAAUGACAAUUUAAGGAACUUACUUAGUGAUAAAUGUGUUUACCUUAAAGAAAAUACUUUUAGAAUGAUACUCACUUAAAAGACAAUACCAGUGAAAGUUAAAAAAAUAAAAAAAAAUAAAAAAAGCCGCAUUUGCCUCAAACAAAUAUUUAACAUAUAUGUGGGGUAGUAUAACUAUGUCGGCUGCUGUCAUUUUUUGUUGCUAGACUUGUGGUUUUUCCACUUUAUUUGGUCAUUUUUUAAUCUCAGAGGAGAUAAACUCUCAAAUUAACGGGUUGGUACGUUUUCAUUCAUCACUAUUUUUUACAUAUUUCAUUUUUUUAAUUUUAUGCCUUUUCAUAAAAGAAAAUAUAUUUGUCACAGUGUUAAUACUGCUUUACCUGGGCUGCUGUGGGUGCUACAGCCACAAAACUCAAAAAUGUCUUCCGAUUCAAAUAAAGAAUCAACCAUUGAGAUGUUAACUGAUGAAAUACCUAUCAUUCAGUUUCAAGAUCAGACGUUCACAGUUGAGGAUAUAAGUGAUACAAAUGUUGAAGUGAUUGAUUUGGUUGACUCCUUCAGCACAUUUGAGGUUGACGGAAUUGAAUCUGACGACGAGCAAGCAUUCUGUGUGGAUGAAGAUGCAGAAUCUGAUUCUGAAGACGAGCUGCAGGUUGAGGAUGCUUCGAAAGUAUCAAAAGAGGAUGAAAAAGUUCUCACAAAAAAAUUCUUAGAUGGUGAACUUACAUUCAGUGAAUACGCAGCAUUGAUGGAAGGUAAUGAUGCCGAAGACAGCGGCACAGAGGACACGAAUCAGGACAAAAUUGUACGUUCAGAGGAACCUAAAACGAAAGAGAGUGGUGCAGACGUGACAAAAACUGCUAGGAAACAGAGGCGACGGCGCACACUCCCUCCGGCACUGCUUGGCUUGAUGGGCGAAGCUAACUUGCGCUAUGCCCACGGGGAGAAGGAAGUAGCGGUCCAGAUGUGCCUGGAGAUCAUCCGGCACGUGCCGACUGCCCCCGAGCCGUUUGAAACACUCGCUGUCCUGUACGAGGAGUUGGGAUUCCCUGAUAAGUCUCUUCAGUUUGCACUGAUUGCCGCUCACCUACGUCCCAAGGACGUGGAGCAGUGGAUUCGCCUUGCGGCAAUGUCCGAAGAGAAAGGCAACUUAAAGCAGGCCAUCACCUGCUACUCCAAAGCAAUCUCUGCAGAGCCUCGCAAUAUCGACAUAUACUUGAAGCGGAGCGCCUUGUUCGAGGUGAUUGGAGACAGGAAGAAAGCUCUUCGAGGCUACAUGAAGUACAUUGAAGUGGCUUCGCCUCAGCAGGGCACUACAGUUUUAGAAGUGGCCAAAGCUGUGGCCCAGAAGCUUCAUGAAUCUAAUGAACUCGACAGAGCCAGGGAUGUAAUGGAAAUGGCUUUCAAUAAGGUUCCUGAUCACAUCACCUCCGAGGAAGUGAAUCUGAUGCUGGAGUUACUAUUGAACCUUAAAGAAUACGUGAAAGGACUCGACAUUCUUGUCAGGUUUUGUAAACUUAAAUUAGAACGUGAGGAAACUCCAGAUGCUCAGAUGCACGUUACUAGCUGCAGUAUUCCGGAGGACCUUCCCAUCGACCUGCAAGUGAAGGUUUUCAUAUUGUUGGUUCACGUGAAAGCUUUCGACGUGCUGGAUCGGUUCCUUUCGGUGUUCUUGGACACUCAAGACCCGGAGGAAGCCGGAGACCUGUACUUGGACGUCGCAGAAGCGCUCAUGGGUGAAGAGAAGUUCGAGGAGGCUCUGAAGUUGCUGACGCCACUCAUACGCAGCCAGAAUUACGGCCUUGCGGCCGUGUGGUUGCGGCAGGCGGAGUGCCUGAAGGCGUGCGACAGGUUGGAAGAGGCGGCCGCAGCGUAUCGCGAGGUGGUGCACCGCGCGCCUCAGCACCUGGAGGCGAGGGUGAUGCUGUCGAGCCUCCUGAAGGGUCUCGGGGACUGGGAGGGGGCUCUCGCGGUGCUGGAGCAAGACGCGGAGUCGGAAGUGCUGGACCCGGGGAUGCUGUACGAGAGGUGCUUGUUGCUCAAGAACGCCGGCCGUGUCGAGGAGUUCCUGGCGGUGGGACAGCUGCUGCUGUCCAGGCACUGCGUGUGCAUCCGGCAUCGCGACGAGUUGGAUGCCCUGACUCGUCAGAGACGCUACGAGAAAAAAACCAGUGCUCUGAAGGAAAUCAGAGCCUCCAGAGUAGGUUCGGACGUCGACAUGCCGAACUUCGGGGAAGAAAAAGACGCGCCUUCCGUAGAAGAUGAGUACAAGCUGUUGCGAGACUUGUGUGAAGCUUGUUUGGCACUUAAAAGAAUGGACCUGUUGCAGAGAUUGUCUUUUUCUGCGCUCGGCAGUAAGAGGUUCGUCACGAAUUCUAAACUGUGCAGUGAAAUUGAGUUCAUCUGUCUCCUGGCAUGUUACUACAAUGUCGAUGCGUACUACGGGUAUAACUUCGCUCGCGACCACCUCAUCCGUAACCUGGAAUCGGGGCGCAACUGGAACAUGUUCAACUUGAUCCUGCAGCGUGCGGACGAUCUGCGGCACAACAGGUUCAUCAUGAGGCUGCUGUUCCGGAACCCCAGCCACCAGUGUCUGUCCAUCCUCCACGCCAACAACUGCCUGGUGGCCGGCACCUACAAGUACGCCCUGAGCGAGUACGUGGCCGCCUACAGCAGGGAGGAGGGCCCCAUGCUGGCCUUCGUCAUCGGCUGCACCCUCUUCCAGAUGGCCUGCCAGAAGUUCUCGGGCAAGAAGCACUCGCUGGUGGUCCAGGGGCUGGCGUUCAUGUCCAGGUACCAGGACCUGCGGGGGGAGGAAGGUUUCCAGGAGACCAGCUACAACCUGGGGCGGGCGUUCCACCAGCUCGGACUCCUGCCGGAGGCGAUCCACAACUACCGGCGAGCCCUCGAGUUCUCGUGCCCGCUCAUAGAGAAGCACUCCAACCUGCUGGACCUUAGGCGAGAGACUGCUUUCAACUUGUCUGUGAUUUACCGCAGAACGGGCAGCUUCCACAUUGCAAGGAGCUACAUUGAGAAAUAUAUAGUUGUCUAAACUAUUGUGUCAAGUCGAGAUGUCUCGUGCAAUAUACAUAUGGUUGGAAGUUAUGUCUUUUCUGUGUUAUGGGUUUAUCUUUAUCUUUGCAGAUUGGGGGACAUAUCCAUACUAUCAACACAGGUGAGUAUGCAACAUUUAACCUUACACAAAGGUGUGAUGCUGCAAUAAUUCUCUGUUUAUGAACAUUGUUCACUUGUAUUGUGAAAUUUGAAGCACUGGAGGUUUACUUUACAAUAAAUUUGGAAUUAUUCUCUAUCACAUUGGGUACAACCUCACAAAUGAAAAUUUUGUCGUGAAAAGUUUUUUUACCUAUGUGGCUUCAUGGAAAUUUAUUUCCUAAUAAACGUAAUUAAUUUAAUAGUACCUUAAGUAAAAAUAGAGGAUAUAAAUCUAUCUAGUAUGAAAUAAUCCAAUGGACUGAGCUAUGUAUUUAAUAAUAUAUCAUUAUGAUAAAUAAGAUGUAAUUAUAUGUAUUUUCUUAAAGCACAAUUUGUAUAAAUUUAUAAAAAAGUAAAAAAAAAUUACACUUCUGAA